AUGAUAAUUAUUAGGAAAACGAUUUUAGACUCGAUUCAUAGGUUGAUGCCAGAGAAAGUGGGCGUAGCUGGGAAAGUGGGAGUAGCUAGUCUUAGUUCUCUGCAAGAUUUAACCAAUUCUAUGUGUGACUUAGGGUGCUGUAUAAUGGAGAGAAGAAAAGCGCCUUUGAGAUAUUUAGCACUGGUACUGUUUUGCUUAUUUGCAGCUGCAAUAGUUGUGAGAGGUCAAGUUCAAGCAGCUGACGACCUCUCUUGUGGAGAUGCUGGGUUCACUGGUUGCUGUUUUUUUAACGGCUGUCAAUUAGCUUCGGGAUGUUCAUGUGACCACCAAUGCUACUCUAGGGGUGACUGCUGUAUUGAUAUCGCCGACACAUGUUCAGAUGCAUGCUUUGAAGGUCCUUGCAUAAAUGGUAACUGCACUCACGGUGUAUUCACAUUCAUGUGCGAUUGCCCUGCUGGGUACACUGGACGUCAGUGUCAGACAAACAUUGAUGAUUGUGCUGGUCAACCAUGUGUUAAUGGAACUUGUAAUGAUCUUGUGAAUGGUUAUACUUGCUCAUGCUUGGAAGGUCAUACUGGUGAAAAUUGUGACAUUAAUAUCAACGAUUGCUCAUCAGUGGUUUGCCAAAACAAUGGUAGCUGUGUGGAUGAGCUCAAUAGCUUCAGAUGCGAAUGUGUUCAAGGAUUUGCAGGAAUACUUUGUGAAUUUCAAACCGAAUGCACACCUGAAGAAGAUAGCUGCUUAAACAAUGGAAUAUGCAGAGUAAUCACGGCUAAUAGUACACGUUUGCUCAGUUGUGACUGCCCUGCUGGUUUUACUGGGUCUCAGUGUGAGAUUGAGAUUGAUGAAUGCAUGGGCUUCCCUUGCUUCAAUAAUGGUACUUGUGUAGACAUGAUAAACAGUUUUGCUUGUGAGUGUCUCCCAGGCUACUCCGGGGAUAGAUGUGAGACUGAUAUCGAUCUGUGUGCUCUUAAUCCAUGUGAGAACAAUGCUUUAUGUGUUGAGCAGAGUAAUGGGCAGAGGCGGUGUUUUUGUCGAAAUGGUUUUACCGGUGACAUCUGCCAACGAAACAUUGAUGAUUGUGCCUCUGUUGAUUGUGAAAAUGAUGGGGUGUGUAUUGAUGGCAUUGCUGAAUUCAUAUGUGAGUGUACAACUACUUUUAUGGGCCAAUUUUGUUCCAUACCCAGCACUUCUCAUCCUUGUUUCCUUGAGCCCUGUGCUAAUAACGGUACGUGCUUGCUUUUAUCUAACACUGACUAUGAAUGUGUUUGUCAUGAUCGUUUCACUGGUGGAAACUGCACCGUUGAGUUACAACCCUGUGAUUUGCAGCCCUGUCAGAACAAUGCUACUUGUAUCAACAGUGGUAGUAGUAGCUAUGAGUGUGUGUGUCCACCUGGAAUAACUGGAAUCACGUGUGAUGUAGAGAUAAACGAAUGUGAACCAAAUAUGUGCUUGAAUGGAGCGACCUGCGUUGAUGAAUUGAACUCUUACUCUUGCAACUGUCGAGAAGGCUUCUCUGGGAGAGACUGUGAGAUGAAUAUCGAUGAUUGUGUCCCAUCUCCCUGCCAGAAUAACGCUACUUGUACUGACUUAGUAGCGGCAUACAGUUGUGAGUGUAAAGCUGGGUUUUCUGGUAUGAAUUGUGAAACAAACAUCAAUGAUUGUGAGCCAAAUCCGUGCAGUAAUCAAGGAAUAUGUGUUGAUGGUGUUGACUCUUUUACAUGCAUUUGUGAUCUCGGUCUAACUGGGGAAAUUUGUGAUAUCAAUAUUCCCGACUGUAUUGGUGAGCCGUGUGCUAACAACGGUACUUGUGUCGACAAUAUUGGAAGCUUUGAUUGUAUGUGUGCUACAGGUUUCACAGGUGUGCAAUGUGGGAUCAAUAUCGAUGAUUGUCAGGAUGCACCAUGCUUCGGGCUUGCAGUUUGCAUUGACGGAACAAACAAUUUUAACUGUAUGUGCCCAUUUGCUUUUACUGGAGAACUUUGUGACAUUGAAAUCGAUUUCUGUGAUGCUUCCCCUUGUUUGAAUAAUGGUAUGUGUACCAAUAGUAUCGAUGGAGCCAGCUGUACUUGUUUCGAACCUUUUACUGGUCAGCUAUGUGAAGUUGAAGUAGGAGCUUGCGACAGUGAUCCUUGCUUCAACAAUGCCACAUGUGUGGAGACAGACGGAGGUUUUAUGUGUGAGUGCGAAUUCGGCUAUACUGGAUUCUUAUGUGAAUUGGAGAUUGACUUCUGUCAGAGAGAACCCUGCUUUAACAAUGGCACGUGCAUCAGUAUGCCACGUGAUUAUAGAUGUGAAUGUGUGCGUGGUUUCACAGGAACAAAUUGCAGUACCAACAUCGAUGAAUGCUCUUCACUACCCUGCCUAAACGAUGGAAUAUGUAUUGAUUUGAUCGAUGGCUAUGAAUGCAUGUGCCCUAAUGGAUUUAGCGGCACAGAGUGCCAAAUAAACGUCAAUGAUUGCUUACCUUCACCUUGCAUGAAUAAUGGAACUUGUGUAGAUCUAGUUGCUGACUAUCGAUGUGAUUGCGAAGUAGGAUAUGAUGGCAAGAACUGUGGGAUUGAUGUCAAUUUGUGCGACCCCCAACCUUGCGUGAAUGAUGCCACUUGCACUCAGAAUUUGACUAUCGGUAUGGUGGAGUGUGAAUGCUUGCCUGGGUUUGAGGGGAUCAUGUGUGAGGGUGACAUAAAUGAAUGCAAUAGCAACCCUUGUCAAAAUGGAGGCUCAUGUAAUAACUCCAUUGGUAGUUUCUCUUGCUCGUGUUCUGACGGUUUCACUGGGAUUAACUGUGAAUUCAAUAGCUUUGAUGACUGUAAUCCUUCUCUUUGCUUCAAUGGUGCCACUUGUGUAGACUUUGGACCAGAUUUCAGAUGUGAGUGCUCUCCGGGCUUCACUGGAGUCCUUUGUGAUCUACCAACAAAUGAAUGCCUUGAGAAUCCAUGUAUGAAUGGUGGUCUAUGUGUGGAUGCUUUUCUCAACUUCACUUGCAAUUGCGGCAAUGAUUUCACCGGUCGUCUUUGUGAUGUUAAUCUAAACCCAUGCUUUUCUUCACCAUGCUUAAAUGAUGCUAGUUGUAUAAAUGGUCCAUCUGGAUCUGAAACGUUUGAGUGUCAGUGUGCAGCUGGUUUUACUGGAGACAAUUGCGCUGUGAACAUUAAUGACUGUGAGCCUAAUCAAUGCCAAAAUGGGGCAACAUGUGACGAUGGUAUUGCGACAUUCAUUUGUAACUGUGCUCCUGGUUUUGCUGGUGAUCUUUGUGAAAUCAAUGAAUUUGAUGAUUGUAGUUUUGAUAUUUGCCUCAAUGGAGGCAACUGCAUCGACAUUGGCAACGAUUUCAGGUGCGAGUGUGCCCCAGGUUUCACAGGUCAAGUGUGUGAGUUUGGUACAAAUGAGUGCUUAGAUAGUCCUUGCUUCAAUGGAGGCACCUGUCGUGACUUGGUGGCUGACUACAUGUGCAUUUGCUCUGAAGGAUUCAGUGGAGAAGCAUGUCAAAUCGACAUAGAUGACUGUGUGGGAGUUGACUGUAACAAUGGUACUUGCAUUGAUGAAGUGGCCUCAUUCUUUUGUGUGUGUAGUCCUGGCUUCACUGGUGAUUUCUGUGACAUUGAUAUCAACGAGUGCGCUAAUAUCACUUGUCUCAACGAUGGAGUAUGCCAAGAUCUAAUUAACUCAUUCGUCUGCAACUGUCCAAUUGGAUUCACCGGAGAGUUCUGUGGAGUGAAUAUCGACGACUGUGUUGAAAUCAACUGUAAUAAUGGCCAGUGUGUAGAUGAAGUGGCUAAUUUCACGUGCCAAUGUGAGAUGGGAUACAUGGGAUUGUUCUGUGAUCAGAUGAUCGAUGACUGUAUUGGAGCCCCAUGCAUGAAUAAUGCUACUUGUAACGAUCGUCUGAACAACUUCACGUGUUCUUGUGUCGAUGGUUUUGAAGGUCGUUUCUGUGAAAUCAAUACUGACGAAUGCGAAGGUAUUGAUUGUCUCAAUGGGGGCACGUGCUUUGACCAAGUGAAUGCGUUCGAAUGUGCCUGCUCAAAUGGCUACACUGGGACAUUUUGUGAAACCAACAUAGAUGAUUGUGUGGGUGUUGACUGUAACAAUGGCACUUGCAUUGAUGAAGUGGCCUCUUUCAUUUGUUUCUGUAGCCCUGGCUUCACUGGUGAUUUCUGUGACAUUGAUAUUAACGAGUGUGCUAACAUCACUUGUCUAAACGAUGGAGUAUGCCAAGAUCAAAUUAACUCAUUCCUAUGCAACUGUUCAAUUGGAUUCACCGGAGAGUUCUGUGGAGUGAAUAUCGACGACUGUGUUGGAAUCAACUGUAAUAAUGGCCAGUGUGUAGAUGAAGUGGCUAAUUUCACAUGCCAAUGUGAGAUGGGAUACAUGGGAUUGUUCUGUGAUCAGAUGAUCGAUGACUGUAUUGGAGCCCCAUGCAUGAAUAAUGCUACUUGUAACGAUCGUCUGAACAACUUCACGUGUUCUUGUGUCGAUGGUUUUGAAGGUCGUUUCUGUGAAAUCAAUAUUGACGAAUGCGAAGGUAUUGAUUGUCUCAAUGGGGGCACGUGCUUUGAUCAAGUGAAUGCGUUCGAAUGUGCCUGCUCAAAUGGUUACACUGGGACAUUUUGUGAAACCGACAUAGAUGAUUGUGUGGGUGUUGACUGUAACAAUGGCACUUGCAUUGAUGAAGUGGCCUCUUUCAUUUGUUCCUGUAGCCCUGGCUUCACUGGUGAUUUCUGUGACAUUGAUAUCAACGAGUGUGCUAACAUCACUUGUCUAAACGAUGGAGUCUGCCAAGAUCAAAUUAACUCAUUCCUAUGCAACUGUUCAAUUGGAUUCACCGGAGAGUUCUGUGGAGUGAAUAUUGACGACUGUGUUGGAAUCAACUGUAAUAAUGGCCAGUGUGUGGAUGGAGUGGCUAAUUUCACGUGCCAAUGUGAGAUGGGAUACAUGGGAUUGUUCUGUGAUCAGAUGAUCGAUGACUGUAUUGGAGCUCCAUGCAUGAAUAAUGCUACUUGUAACGAUCGUCUGAACAACUUCACGUGUUCUUGUGUCGAUGGUUUUGAAGGUCGUUUCUGUGAAAUCAAUAUUGACGAAUGCGAAGGUAUUGCUUGUCUCAAUGGGGGCACGUGCUUUGACCAAGUGAAUGCGUUCGAAUGUGCCUGCUCAAAUGGCUACACCGGGAGAUUUUGUGAAACCAACAUAGAUGAUUGUGUGGGUGUUGACUGUAACAAUGGCACUUGCAUUGAUGAAGUUGCCUCUUUCAUUUGUUCCUGUAGCCCUGGCUUCACUGGUGAUUUCUGUGACAUCGAUAUCAACGAGUGUGCUAACAUCACUUGUCUAAACGAUGGAGUAUGCCAAGAUCAAAUUAACUCAUUCCUAUGCAACUGUUCAAUUGGAUUCACCGGAGAGUUCUGUGGAGUGAAUAUCGACGACUGUGUUGGAAUCAACUGUAAUAAUGGCCAGUGUGUAGAUGAAGUGGCUAAUUUCACAUGCCAAUGUGAGAUGGGAUACAUGGGAUUGUUCUGUGAUCAGAUGAUCGAUGACUGUAUUGGAGCCCCAUGCAUGAAUAAUGCUACUUGUAACGAUCGUCUGAACAACUUCACGUGUUCUUGUGUCGAUGGUUUUGAAGGUCGUUUCUGUGAAAUCAAUAUUGACGAAUGCGAAGGUAUUGAUUGUCUCAAUGGGGGCACGUGCUUUGAUCAAGUGAAUGCGUUCGAAUGUGCCUGCUCAAAUGGUUACACUGGGACAUUUUGUGAAACCGACAUAGAUGAUUGUGUGGGUGUUGACUGUAACAAUGGCACUUGCAUUGAUGAAGUGGCCUCUUUCAUUUGUUCCUGUAGCCCUGGCUUCACUGGUGAUUUCUGUGACAUUGAUAUCAACGAGUGUGCUAACAUCACUUGUCUAAACGAUGGAGUAUGCCAAGAUCAAAUUAACUCAUUCCUAUGCAACUGUUCAAUUGGAUUCACCGGAGAGUUCUGUGGAGUGAAUAUCGACGACUGUGUUGGAAUCAACUGUAAUAAUGGCCAGUGUGUGGAUGGAGUGGCUAAUUUCACAUGCCAAUGUGAGAUGGGAUACAUGGGAUUGUUCUGUGAUCAGAUGAUCGAUGACUGUAUUGGAGCCCCAUGCAUGAAUAAUGCUACUUGUAACGAUCGUCUGAACAACUUCACGUGUUCUUGUGUCGAUGGUUUUGAAGGUCGUUUCUGUGAAAUCAAUAUUGACGAAUGCGAAGGUAUUGCUUGUCUCAAUGGAGGCACGUGCUUUGAUCAAGUGAAUGCGUUCGAAUGUACCUGCUCAAAUGGCUACAUCGGGACAUUUUGUGAAACCGACAUAGAUGAUUGUGUGGGUGUUGACUGUAACAAUGGCAUUUGUAUUGAUGAAGUAGCCUCGUUCCUUUGUUCCUGUAAUUCAGGCUUCACUGGUGAUUACUGUGAGAUUGAUAUCAAUGAGUGUACUAACAUCACUUGUCUAAACGAUGGAAUCUGCCAAGAUCUAAUUAACUCAUUUGUCUGCAACUGUCAAGCUGGAUUCACCGGAGAGUUCUGUGGAGUGAAUAUUGACGACUGUGUUGAAAUCAACUGUAACAAUGGCCAGUGUGUGGAUGGAGUGGCUAAUUUCACGUGCCAAUGUGAGAUGGGAUACAUGGGAUUGUUCUGUGAUCAGAUGAUUGAUGACUGUAUUGGAGCUCCAUGCAUGAAUAAUGCUACUUGUAUUGAUCGUCUGAACAACUUCAGUUGCAGCUGCAGUCCACUAUACACUGGAAACUUUUGUGAAAUGGAAAUUGAUGUGUGUGCUUCUGAAAUGCCAUGUGAAAACAAUGGCGUAUGUACACCGCUUGUAACUGAUGGAUUCCCUUCUUUUGAGUGUUCCUGCAUCGGUCCUUUUACUGGAGAUCGUUGUGCAGUGUUUGACCCCUGUGUUGAGGAACCUUGCCUUAACAAUGGUGUAUGUAUUUUUGGAGAGUUCGAUGAGAGCUAUAGAUGCAAUUGUUCUUCACCUUAUACUAGUACCGAUUGUGAAGUUAUCGAUGCUUGCAUGGCAUACAGCCCUUGUUUGAAUGGAGCCACCUGUACAAUUAUAUUGCCUUCACCUAGCAGCAGUUUAACAAGGGAAACAGUUAAUUCUACGUUCCAGUGCACAUGUGCUGAUGGAUUCACUGGCAUAAACUGUGAAACAAUCAUUACGCCUUGCUUUUUUGUGCCUUGUUUGAACAAUGGUGUUUGUAAUGUUGACGCCUCCUCUGAGUUUGGUUAUACUUGCAACUGCCCAGUAGGAUUUCAAGGACAGAAUUGCGAUCAAGAUAUUGUUGUACCAGCAUUUUCUGGACAGUCAUUCUUCUCCACCAACUUUCCCAAUGUGGCAAUUCUUUCCAUUUCCCUGUCAUUACGCACGACUACACACGAUGCUCUAGUUGUCUUUGUUCCUGGCGAGAAUGACUCCUACAUCACCCUCAGAGUAACCGAGUCUGGAAAUCUAGCACUGGACUAUAGAGUUGGAACCAGUGGUACAAUAACUGUCACUGCACCUCUGUACUACGUAGCUGAUGCUCAGUGGCAUUCCAUCAACAUAGUUGCAGCGGAUUCUCUUUCUUUAUCUAUUGACAACCGAGUCAGCUACUCUAUGCCCAUACCUAGCCGGUUCAAUGAUAGCUCUGUUUUGUAUGUGGGCGGUUUUGGAGACUCAUCCGUCCCAUUGGAAAUUCAAUUGAUCCCUGGUCUCGUUGGUUGUAUAGAUCGUCUCUUGAUUAACAGUCAGCCAUUCCAAAAUAAUUUCGUGAAUGGAGUGGGUAUUGCAGAAUGCAUGAUGGGUGCUUGUACUAGUACAGCUUGUUCGGACAAUGGGGUGUGUAUGGAGGAACCUACUGCUAUGCAAGGUUACAAGUGUGAAUGUAACCUCCAAUACAUUGGAGCUGAUUGCAAUCAAGAAGUAAAUGUCCUGGUACCAUCAUUCAAUGGCCAAUCAUACCUGCGCCAUUCUAUUCCUGACGGCUUUAAUCUUGAUCUUUCUGUUGACGUGACGAUUCUCACCAACCAGUCUGAAGGUCUCCUCCUAUACGCAAUUGGUUCAACAUCAGACUACUUAUCUCUCGUUAUUGCCAAUGGAUUUCCUUCACUUCGUCUUUCACUCAAUUCGCAAAUGAUUGUUUUAACAAGUAGUAUCAGAGUGGAUAAUGAUGUUUGGCACACAGUGAGUGUGUCUAGAGUUGGAAGUGAUGUAUACUUGAUGGUUGAUGACACUGUUGACAUGUUGGUAGCACAGGAUAUUUCGUUUGAUGCUCUUACGCCUCUACAUGUUGGAGGGGUGCCUUUUUUCUCGCAGUCUGUCCAAGAAGCUUCGCUACAGACAGUCGGUUUUAGUGGAUGCAUUCGUGAUUUCCAAAUACAAAGAAUGCGUGUGGACAUCGUGAAUAACGCUCUCUCUGGAGUCACCAUCUCUCAGUGCUCAGAGCCAGUGUGCUCGUAUGUCAUGUGUCAGAAUGGAGCCACGUGUGUCAACAUGACAGUUUCACCAGGAUUCAUGUGCUCAUGUCAGUCUGGAUACACAGGAGAGUUCUGUGAGACUCUUAUUCCGCUAUGCAUCCCUAAUCCUUGCAAUGGAGGACUGUGUAGCCAGGAAGGUGUCACGUUUAGUUGUCUGUGCCCACUUGAAACAGGAGGCAGGACUUGUGACCAAGAUGUUCAAAUCACUGUCCCGGAGUUCAGUGGAAACUCGUAUAUUGCUUAUCCGUCUCUCACACCAGAAGAGCUGUUCCCUCAGUUAACCAUUCGUCUACGUCUCUAUCCCACAUCUGAGAACGGGCUCGUUUUGUUCACAAGUCGUUCAGAUUUAGAUUUUGGAGAUUAUUUAUCGCUCUCAAUGAUUGAUAGUUACUUACAGCUCUCAUAUGCAAUUGCAUCCAGAACCAAUGCUCUUAAAAGCAGUGUUACGCUUGAUCUAAAUGCUUGGUACUUCGUUAUGAUUACUCUUACAGGAGUGAAUGCCACUCUUUCAGUCGAUGGGCAGGAUGCCAGUAUUCUAAUAGCUAAUUCUCCAUUCACAGUGCUUGAUGUACGCAGUAAUUUGUUUGUAGGUGGCUACUCAAGUCAUGUCCAAAUCUCUUCACUCACUGGCACAUCAGAAGGUUUUUAUGGAAGUGUCAGCCACUUUGAGAUUAAUGGCAGAAUGUUAGACCUAAUUAUCGAUGCAGACUUUGGAUUCGGAGUAACAGAAUCAAAUGUGAGCACAUGUGCUGGCAAUCCAUGCUCGAAUGGUGGGGAGUGUGUGCCAUUUGGUCCAAGCUUUGUAUGUAAUUGUCCGGUUGGGUUCACUGGCCUCCUAUGUGGUUCAAUGUCAGAUCCUUGUGAAACUGGGACUACCUUGUGUGCGGAUGGGUCCACUUGUCAAUCUAGCAAUGAUGGACUCAGUUUUGCCUGUAUAUGUCCACUGGGUAGAGGAGGAAACUUAUGUGAUCAAGACCUGUCAAUAGCAAUCCCUUCGUUCAAUGUGUCAUCGUAUAUUGAGUACCCUGUCACCUUUGUUGACGCCAGCCUGACAUCUAUUCAGAUCACUUUUAACCCCUCCUCACCUCAUGGACUUCUAUUAUACUUUGGAGACCACACACAACAACGAGACUUCCUCUCUUUAACUCUUAUUAACAGUCGUGUCCAGUUUCGUUACGAUCUUGGCUCGGGAGUAGCCCUAAUAACUAGUCCAGUUCUAGCCCUCAAUAGCUGGCACACUGUCUAUGCAAGACGAGAUGGAAUCUCAGGAUCACUAAGAGUUGAUAAUGGAGAUGUUAUUACUGGAUCGUCUCCGGGUUCUUUGCAGCAGCUUCCUGUCUUUGGUAAUAUCCGUCUCGGUGGGGUACUGGAUACCAGUGUGUUGUCUCCUCAUGUGGGUACUGAGAUAGGUUAUCAAGGAUGUGUUGAGUCAUUGAAGGUUGACAAUCAGCGAUUGAACCUGUUGGACUUUGCCAUUGCCGGUAGAGCAGUUACAGAAUGUACUACCGAUAUGUGCUCUGUCAACCCAUGUACCAAUAGUGGAACAUGUUUGAAUCAGGUGUUGACCUUUAGGUGUGUGUGCCCAUUGGAAUUUACCGGAGACAUCUGUGACACCGCAAAUGACGUUAUGGUUCCAAAUCUCAACGGACAAACUAGUUACCUUUCGUAUCCUACCAUCAUCAAUGCUUUUGCUGUGACAAGCAUUUAUAUUGAAAUCAGACCGUACUCUCCAGAUGGCUUGCUCCUGUACAAUGGUCAGGCGUCUGGUAUUGACUACAUAGCUCUAGUGCUUAGGAAUGGCUUUGUUGAACUCUGGUUUGAUUUCGGACAAGGACCAACCACCAUUGUUAGCAGUACUUCCAUCUCACUAGAACAAUGGCACAGUGUACGAGUAUUGCGUGAAGGGAGAAGAGGAGUACUAACAGUUGACAGUGAUGCUCCUGUUGAAGGAACUUCUCAAAACACAUUCUCUGGCCUGCAGCUUGACACAAGUCUGUUCAUUGGUGGAACUCCAUACUUUACUGGUCUACCAUCUGAGCUAAAUAUUCGCACAGCGUUGAAUGGUUGUGUUAGACAGCUCAGUACACGAGAGGAUAACACACCUACUGAUCUGCUGCUGGAUGCAAUUGCUGGUGCUGAUGUUGGUGAAUGUCCAGGACUAACACCUUGCGAGACCUCUCAAUGCCAGAAUGGUGGUGUGUGUAUGAAUAUAGCUGAUAGCUUUGCGUGUGAGUGCCCCUCAGAAUAUUCAGGAAGGUUCUGUGAGACUAGGGUUUGUCUAUCAAGUGAUCCUUGUCAGAACAAUGGUGUCUGCUCAAUUCAAAGUGCUUCCAAUGGGAGUUUAGUGCCAACUUGUGCCUGUUCGCUACCAUAUGGUGGAGUCUACUGCACAGAAAGGCAAUCGUUUGAUAAUGCGUUUGUAUCUGCUACUGGAUACUUGGAGUAUGGAAUUGACAGUCUUUCUGCUGGUGUUGUUCAAUCGUUUCUUGUGACAACUGCGGUACAACUCAACAUUACUAUGUCAUCUACCUCUGGUGAUGGUCUCAUCUUCUUUAUGGGAGCACGAGACAUACCAGGUGACUAUAUUCUGCUAGAGCUUCAAGAUCAAUACCUUUACUAUCGGUUUGAGUUGGGAAGAGGGACUCCUAUCAGUGUUCGCUCUACUGAACGUCUCCAGUCUGGCAGUACGUAUACUGUGUACAUGGAUCGCAGUAAUAACCAGGGACGUCUCUUAGUGAGUGGGCAGGCAGACACCACUGGAGAUGACAACUCUCGCUUCUCGCUACUAAAUCUCUACACUGAUGACAGAUUCGUCAUUUACCUAGGAAACAGAGGCCUUGAAAGAAGUGGAAAUUUUGAGGGCUGUCUCUCAGCAUUCUCCAUUGGGACACUAUCAAAUCUACUACCAGUACAAUUAGACGCUACAUUACAAGGACAACUAGUCACUCCUUGCAAUAGCUAGUCAUAAUUAACUAUAUGCAAAGUAACGGCAUCUACGUAUAUAAUUUAUUUCGCCUUCAUUUCUGUAUGGAUCUAGUCAGUCAUAAUGAUUAUCUUUUCACUCUA